AUGGAAGAAAAGUUAAAUGAAAUGGAACAAGCUGGUAUCAUCACAAGGACAUCAACGCCUUACAGUAGUCCAUUGACAUUCACUCUUAAAAAAGACGGCUCAAUUAGAGUUCUGCUUGAUGCCAGAAGCAUAAAUAAGAAAAUGGUUGCAGAAACAGAGAAACCACCUAUACAAUUAGAUGUUUUGAAUUCAUUUCACGGAGCGAAUUAUAUCACUACCAUUGACUUAAAUAAUGCAUAUUUUCAAAUUCCGAUAAAUAAAGAUGGUAGAAAAUAUACUGGAUUCACAUUCAAUGGAAAGUCAUAUGUAUAUAAUGUUUUGCCGCAAGGAUUAAAAACAUCAGUAGGAAGCUUUAGCAGAGCCAUGAAUUUAAUAUUAGGACCAGAAGUCCAAGAAUUUUGUGUGAACUAUUUAGAUGAUCUAGCCAUUAUUACAACAGGAACGUUAGAUAAACAUUUGGAGCACAUUGAUAUUGUUUUAAAUGUGCUAUCACGUUAUCCUCCUGAUGGCGAUUUAAUACAAGAGGAUAAAAAUAAUAGUUUAGAAAUUGCUUACACAGAGAGCGAAGCGAAUAUUGAGUUGAUAGAAAAAUUAAAAUCCUUAACAGUAUAUCAAUUACAAGAUUCAGAGUCGUUGGCUAUUAUUGAAAAGUUAAAGACAUUAAAUACUUCCAUAAUAAAACAAAACAAUAAAUUUAAAAGAUAUAGUUUGAAAAAUGAUGUAUUAUAUUACAAAACGAAUUUACAAGAAGUAAUAUAUUUACCUAAAGCAUUGAGACAAGAUAUUAUAAAUCAAGUGCAUGUCGAAAUGGGUCAUCAAGGACCCUAUAAGGUAAUUAAAUAUGUGAGAGACAGAUUCUUUUGGAAAGGUUUAACAAAAGAUAUUAAAAACCAAUUAAGGGCUUGUCAUUUAUGUCAGUUAUCUAAGAAAAGCAAUAUAACAUAUGUGAGUCCCUGCAAAUCUAUAAUAACAGAAAACAUUGGCGAUAUAGUCAUGGCAGACUUAUAUGGACCACUUGUAUCAGGUACCUUUGGGUACACUUUCAUAUUUGUCAUUCAAGAUUCAUUCAGUAAAUUUAUCAAAUUAUAUCCUUUAAAACAGUCAACAGCAAAGUCUGUUGUAACAAAAGUAAAGCAUUUUGUUGAGAUUAUAAAGCCCAAGGCAAUAAUGACAGAUAAUGGAAAACAGUUCGUAAGUAAUCACUGGAAACAAUCAAUGAGUGAAUUAAAUAUAAAGCCAAUAUACACCACAGUUAGAAAUCCUAGACCAAAUACAACAGAGCGAGUAAAUAAAGAGUUGAGCAGAUUAUUUAGGACGCUUUGUCAUACUAACCACAAAGAUUGGGCGUUAAUAUUGCCGAAAUUAGAAGAAUUGUAUAAUAAUUCUUAUCACAAUAGUACAGGCUUCACGCCUUGUGAGAUUCUUUAUGGUGAGUCUAAUGAGAUGUCUUUUGACAAAGUAAUUUCCAAAAGUAAAGACAAACAUAAUGUCGAACAGAUUAGACGACAAGUGCGUAAAAAUUUAAAAGAGGCAAGUUGA